AUGGAUGGUGAUUUGAUUAAAUUUGAUGAGACAAUCGAACUGUGGACACUUUUUGACGCACCAUAUGCCCAAAAGAAUUGGAUGCAUAUACCUGUAUCUGUGAAUGAUAAACCAAAAAAGCAUCCUCAUUGGUUAUUAUUUGUCUAUCAAAUAUCUCCUGCAUUACAACUUGUAUGGGUGGAUCCAGAAACAGGUAGUACCGUAUUAUACGACAGUUCGCUGCACACAAUACCAUCAAUGGACAACAUGCGCGGAUCAUCUAUGUUCAUUUCCGAGACCAACAACACCUAUCUCGGACUUGUUCACACAUCACAACCGCAUCCAGCAUCUCGUGGCGGUCUUGUAUUGAAUAUCUAUCAUUCCUAUUUAAUCAGAUUAACCAGAGAACCAAUAUCAAACACAACAUCAUGGAAAUGGACUAUCACUCAUAAAACACCGCCCUUAGCGAUGCCGAUAGCAAGAAAUGAACGUGCUCAUCGAAUUCAAUUUGUAACGACAAUAACUCCACACGAUUCAGAAUUUUGGAUAUCGAUGGGUGAUAUGGAUUGUGAUUCUCAUAUUCUUCGAAUACCAAAAAAAUCUCUCCUGAAUUUAUUACAUUGA